CUCUCUCUCUCUCUCUCUCUCUAGAGGUGAGCCCAGCAUUCAUAAAUUUUCCCCAUUUCAUUAUUCAUUCAUACUUGCCUCACAGUUUCAAAUUUCAAAAAUUAUUCCGAAUUUUUUUUUCCUUAAAAAACAGAAAACAAAAAUUGUAGGAAAAGGAAAAAACCCAGCACACUCGUCCCGCUUUUGAAUCCGAAAAGAUCCUCCCUUUUUUCGGGUUCGGAUCCUCCGAUCCGCCUCCGCCGUCGCCACUGUCUCGCCGCGACUCUCAGAUCCUUCAAGGCAUGGACUUCUGACUGCCUCACGCUUAACGAGUUUCGUGUGUGUCAUGGAUUCGGAUAAUUUGGAGGCCGCCUAUGGGCUACAGGUUGCUCUUGAAAAUGGUGGUCAUGGGCAACUUAGUGUUGGUCCAGACGGUGAAACUACUCUCACCGAGACUGCAGCACCGAAUGGGAGAAUUGAAAAUGUGGUGAACUCGGAUGAUGGUGUGUCGUAUAAUUCAUCUGCUGGAGAAGUCAAAGAGGAAUCCAGUGUCAACUCUGCAAGCAAUGGUUUGACUAUUGCUAAGGAAAGGGGACCGAAAGUUUCUGUUCAGUCAAAGCAAUCCAAAGUGCAGAAGGGUCAAGGUAAGAGUAAGAUUGAGAAGCCCCCUAGUCCCAAGAGCGCCUUGCCAAUUCGGAUGAAGAAAAGCAAAGAUGGAAAUGAUGCAGAGGCUACAGCUACUCUUUCCAAUGGUUCAGCAGGUCCAAAUUCACUCGCCAAGCAGCCUAACAAGAGUAGAUCAUUGAAUGGCCAACAGGUUCAGUUAUCCAAUCAGCAACCUAAACAAUCUGAGGCACCAUCGACUGAAGGCCUUGUGGAGGAGACAAAUUUGAAGCCACUAAACAAAGGCUCCUAUAAUAAGGCUGAUGGAGACUCCCAAUCUUCUUUAAGUCCCACGGAAGGAGAUAUGAAAGCACCUAGGGUGGGUACACUGCCAAAGUAUGGUUUCAGCUUUAAGUGUGAUGAAAGAGCUGAGAAAAGAAGAGAGUUCUACACCAAACUUGAGGAAAAGAUACAUGCAAAGGAGAUGGAGAAGAAUAAUUUGCAAGCCAAGUCUAAGGAAACUCUAGAAGCUGAGAUUAAGAUGCUCAGGAAGAAGCUGACUUUUAAAGCAACUCCAAUGCCAAGCUUUUAUCAGGAGCCUCCGCCUCCUAAGGUGGAGCUAAAGAAGUUACCAACAACAAGAGCCAAGUCUCCCAAGCUCGGCCGCAGGAAGAGCUUACCUCCAGCAGAUUCUGAAGGAAACAGUAAUACCAAGAGUCAAUCUGGCAGGCUUAGUCUGGGUGAGAAACUUCCUCAAAACUCUGCCAAAGGACCUUCUCCUGUGCAUCCAAAGAAGCCACAAAGAAAGUCUCUUCCUAGACUUCCAUCUGAGAAGACCACUUUAUCUAAUGUGAAGAGUGUGCGGAAGGUUACUUCUAAGGCAACAAACGAGGAAAAGGCUGCCGCGUUGCCCAAUGCAACAAGUGAAGCUGGACCUCACACCCAAGAGCAGGAGGGAGUUCCCAGAGCUGAGAUAACUGAACCCUACACCCAAGAGCCGGAAGCAGUUCCCAGGGCUGCAAUAAGUGAGGAGCAGUCCCAUUCAGAUGAUGAGACAGUUAAUGAAGAGGAACAUCAUCCCACCUUGGUUCAAGAGCCUAUAGCGCUGGAGAAUUGAGCAAAAAGUAUGGACAUAAGUGGAUGCGCAAUGAGAAAUCUCAAAAGACUCCAUUUAUGAAAAUAAGAAAGGUAUUUAGACCCAAAUCAUUAGACGAAGAAGGCACGAAGAAUUUUGGAUUAUGGUUUGUGAUGUCUGUCUUGUCUGUAGUCAGCAGCAUGGUUGUUUUGUGUGCUUGCUUUCAGAGGUUGCUGGUCUUGUCACUGGGAUUCUACAUUCCAGUUUGCAGCACUGUAUGUAACUAUUUUUCAGGUUGUUUUCUAAUUUAUAUGUUUAAGCAUGCAUUAGUUGCCAGAUAAUUAGAAAUAUUUGGGAAAAUUUUGAAAACCUCCGCUAGAUAGUUCGUGCUUGGAAGUAUAUCAUGUUUAAGCUCUUCUGUUGUUGAACAAUUGGGAAUUGUGAAUCAAUCAAGGCUGAUUUUGUGCUGUA